AUGAUGAACUUUGACAGCAACAUUAAAGAGUUGCGCAACAACCUCAGUCUGGACUUCUCCUUGGGCCCAUCGCAGUCAAAAGUGAGCAAUUUCAAAACAUGUGUUCUAGAGACGCCAGAGUUUGCUCGUGUUGCCCUCGCUGACACUCUGGGUCCACACUCUAAAAAAAUGCGAUACAAUACCGAAUGCAUGUUAGCGACUCCAGAUAUGGCAAAAAUUGCAUUGUCAACACCUGAGCUGGACAAGCUAGCGAUGAAAACUGAUUUUGGUCUACCAACGCCCAGCUUGAACACAUUCCUUCGAACUGACGAAGAGGAAGAUGACAAAAACAAGUUAGCGCAAAACUGGGCCAACGCUACAAAGCUGCAAAAUAUUAAAACGGAAGAGGUUGAUGAAAUUAAAUUCCUUCCGACAUCAAGAAAUAUCGCAGAAAGCGACAAAAUAGACGUUGUUGAACUAAAUAUAAGUCAGAAUGGAAUGGAGCCAAUCGACAUGGACGACCAAGAGAGAAUAAAGCUGGAACGAAAGAGAUAUCGCAACAGAAUUGCCGCUUCCAAAUGCCGUCAACGCAAGUUGGAACGAAUAUCCAAAUUGCAAGAGAGAGUUGACAGGUAUAAAAACAAAAACAAGGAGCUGAACAGACUUGCCUGCGUCGUGGCGAACAUUUGCAAUAGACUAAGCGGCCACAUCCGCUCCCAUCGUGAAAGGGGUUGUGAUAUUCGUGAAUUGUAA